AGUAAGCAGUAGCCUCACCAGCUGCUCUCUGCAUCAGUUUUGUGGAUGGAACAUACCAGUGUUUUGGCACAAUUCACCCCCGCCCCUCCUUUUUAGGGACUGGAGGUCAACAACAACUCCCUUUCUCUACAUUUCUUUUGUUUCUUUCUUCCCCCCCUGCAUCCCUUCCACAUCAUGGGCUCAGGGAGCAGGAUAAAGUUUGCUGUUUGUGAGGUGCUGCAGUUUGCUAGUUUUUGUGUUCCACUUUUUAUCAUAAUGCAACGUUUUGCCCUUAUUGUGGCUCGAGUAAAAAGUCAAUCGGAACCAACUGGUGGAAAUUCUACGACAGCAUAUUGGCUAAUUGUGGCUUCAUCUGUGGCCUAUGUAACAUCAGUGGCAAUGCUGAUUUGGCUACCUUUGAAGUAUAUGGUGUUCAUGAAGAAGGCGGCACUGGUUGCUCGUAAGAAAUGGAGACCGGUUGCUUUGGCUUUUGUACUUCUCUCAACACUGCCCUGUUUUGCUUUCCUCAUAGCCAGCUCUGAGGUACAGAUUAGACAUAAUCUGAGGUUGGACACUUUUGCUGAACUGCCAGUGUCACUGGUUCUAUUUUCCUUGAUCUGCAUUGAUAUAGUGGAAAGAAUCCGACAUUGCAGACUUACUGGUCGAGGUAAAAAAAAAAAGAAAAAAAAAGCCACACAAACACACACGUUUGUUUUUGGGGACAUCCCAUAGGCA